AGGAAAGAAAAAGGAGAUCCUCUAAACAUCGCCAUUGAUAAGAUGACCAAGAAAACAAGAGAUCUAAGGAGACAGCUUCGGAAAGCAGUAAUGGAUCACAUAUCUGAUUCUUUCUUGGAAACCAACGUCCCUUUGCUGGUUCUCAUUGAGGCUGCAAAAAGUGGGAAUGAGAAGGAAGUGAAGGAAUAUGCCCAGGUUUUCCGCGAGCAUGCCAACAAGCUGGUGGAGGUUGCCAAUUUGGCCUGUUCCAUCUCCAACAAUGAGGAAGGGGUGAAAUUAGUCCGGAUGGCAGCCACCCAGAUUGACAGCCUGUGUCCCCAGGUCAUCAAUGCCGCUCUUACCCUGGCUGCCCGGCCACAAAGCAAAGUUGCUCAGGACAAUAUGGAUGUCUUCAAAGACCAGUGGGAAAAGCAGGUGCGGGUGCUGACAGAGGCUGUGGAUGACAUCACCUCCGUGGAUGACUUCCUUUCUGUCUCAGAGAAUCAUAUCUUGGAGGAUGUGAACAAGUGUGUGAUAGCCCUUCAAGAGGGGGAUGUGGACACUCUGGACCGGACAGCAGGGGCCAUCAGGGGCCGGGCAGCUCGAGUCAUACACAUCAUCAAUGCUGAGAUGGAGAACUAUGAAGCUGGUGUUUAUACCGAGAAGGUGCUGGAAGCUACAAAAUUACUCUCUGAGACAGUGAUGCCACGCUUUGCUGAACAAGUGGAGGUUGCCAUUGAAGCCUUGAGCGCCAACGUCCCUCAACCAUUUGAGGAGAAUGAGUUCAUCGAUGCCUCUCGCCUGGUGUAUGACGGCGUUCGGGACAUCAGAAAGGCUGUGCUGAUGAUCAGGACCCCAGAAGAACUAGAAGAUGAUUCAGACUUUGAGCAGGAAGAUUACGAUGUACGUAGCCGGACAAGUGUUCAGACAGAGGAUGACCAGCUCAUUGCAGGGCAGAGUGCUCGGGCCAUCAUGGCACAACUACCACAGGAGGAGAAGGCAAAAAUAGCUGAGCAGGUGGAGAUAUUCCACCAAGAGAAAAGCAAGCUGGAUGCUGAAGUGGCCAAAUGGGAUGACAGCGGCAAUGACAUCAUUGUGCUGGCCAAGCAGAUGUGUAUGAUCAUGAUGGAAAUGACGGACUUCACAAGAGGCAAAGGACCGUUGAAAAAUACAUCUGAUGUCAUUAAUGCUGCCAAGAAAAUUGCUGAAGCAGGUUCUCGAAUGGACAAAUUAGCCCGUGCCGUGGCUGAUCAGUGUCCUGAUUCAGCAUGUAAGCAGGAUUUAUUAGCCUACCUUCAACGGAUUGCCUUGUAUUGCCAUCAGCUUAAUAUCUGCAGCAAGGUGAAGGCAGAAGUUCAGAAUCUGGGAGGAGAGCUCAUUGUGUCAGGGACAGGAGUUCAGAGCACUUUCACUACCUUUUAUGAGGUAGAUUGUGAUGUCAUAGAUGGGGGCAGGGCUAGUCAACUUUCUACCCACCUCCCAACCUGUGCUGAGGGAGCUCCGAUCGGGAGUGGAAGCAGUGAUUCCUCUAUGCUGGACAGUGCCACAUCACUCAUCCAGGCAGCUAAAAACCUGAUGAAUGCUGUUGUCCUCACAGUGAAAGCAUCCUAUGUGGCCUCAACAAAGUAUCAGAAGGUCUAUGGGACAGCAGCUGUCAACUCACCUGUUGUGUCUUGGAAGAUGAAGGCUCCAGAAAAGAAGCCCCUUGUGAAGAGAGAAAAGCCUGAAGAAUUCCAGACACGAGUUAGACGAGGUUCUCAGAAGAAACACAUUUCGCCUGUACAGGCUUUAAGUGAAUUCAAAGCAAUGGAUUCCUUCUAGGACGAUAGGCUUUAACACAAGAGCUUUUUCUUUCCUUUCUUUUUUCUUUUCUUUUCUUUUUAAUUCCAUUUUUGUAUGCAUACCUGCUGACUCAUAUGCCUCUGGCAUGGGGAAAUUAAGGGAGCAGUGUCUGUUUGCAUGUAAGAUGAGAUGUGAUCUAUAAGACUGAUCCAUCUGUAGCCUGGGGUGGGGACAGGGAAUUCCUGUCCCAAGGUGGUACAGAGCUGUCCUUUGCAACAUUCUCAUAAAAUUGGGCAAAGAGUUCGCAUUGCAAUGUUCACGGGAGCGGGAGGGAUGGGGAAAAUAAACUUAACUCUACAAAAGCAAACUCUAAUGCAUGCAAGAAUCAUUAGGUUGGCAGGUAUAUUAAUAAGUGAAAAAUCUGGAAGUGUAAUGGUAGAACAUAAAGCUUGUAUUGCUACUGUUUCAGUGCAAAAAUGUACUAGCCAAUACGCUUAAGUGUGUGGCCCACAAAUUGAACAGUUUAACUUUGAUAUCGUAUCCAUGAUAUUAUGUGGAUUUUUUACUAAGGGAAAACUAAUUCAUCCAGCCUAAAAUGCUUCUUUUCAUCUGUGUUCUGUUCUUUCUCUUCUAGUCGUGCCAUUACUAGUGCUCAUGUUAUCAAUUUCCCCCCUUUACUGAAAACGAUAAACAUUUAUUUAAAACAAUUAUAAUCCUUCUGGGGGCACUGGAAGCACAAUGUGGUGAUCAUCUUGCUUUUACAUUUUUUUUAAAAAAAUUGAACUAUGAUUUUUCUAGAAAUAGAAGGCCCAGUGAUGGAAUGUUAGAGGAAUGGAAACUGACAAUGUGUGAAGGUUUAGAGGCAAAUACAUAGGUGUAGCUUGGAGUUCUGGUAUCUAAUGUACCAUUGUAUCCACUAACUCAAAAUAAACACAUUUAAUCUUGA